AGCUUUUUCUUUUCCUCUAUAGCUCUCUCUCUCUCUCUCUCUCUAUCUUUCUAGGGUUUCUUUGGGGAUUUGAUUUCGUUUCUCAGAUUAGCGAUCAUGUCGUCCAAGAAGGUGACUCUGAAGAGCUCUGAUGGUGAGACCUUCGAUGUCGACGAGGCUGUCGCCCUUGAGUCUCAGACUAUUAAACACAUGAUCGAAGACGAUUGCGCGGACAACGGGAUCCCUUUGCCUAAUGUUACCAGUAAGAUCUUGUCAAAGGUGAUCGAAUACUGUAAGAAGCACGUAGAGACUCCCAAAAGCGACGACCGAACGGCCGAUGAGGAACUCAAGACUUGGGAUGCUGAGUUUGUCAAGGUUGACCAGGCCACUCUCUUCGAUCUCAUCCUGGCAGCCAACUAUUUAAAUAUCAAGAGCCUGCUGGAUCUGACAUGCCAGACUGUUGCGGAUAUGAUCAAGGGAAAAACUCCAGAAGAGAUCCGGAAGACAUUCAACAUCAAGAAUGAUUUUACCCCAGAGGAAGAGGAGGAAGUUCGGAGGGAGAACCAGUGGGCCUUUGAAUGAAGAAUUUGACAAAGGAAUCCUGCGUGUGAAUGAAAAGGGGUUUUUAUUGGGUGGGUGAUUGAUGUUUCUGUCAUUCAAGUAAAACUAAUAGUUACUUCUAGGAAAGACUUCAUUUAGUACUUAUUUAUUUCGAUGCAAUGGAACUUCCUUUUUUUCAUAAAAUGUAUAUAUACUGUUGGUGGUGGUGGUCAUUGGUAUUCACCCAAUGUUUUUAUCAACCAACCAAUCAGAACCCCCAUUCUACCACCACCUUCAGCAUACUCUUUUAUGUGAUUACUGUUCUUUUG